AUGUCUUCGAUUGCUGCUAUGGCUUCCCGCCGGGCUCUGGCUCGCCAGCCCAUCUUCCGCGCUCCUCCGCGCCGCUUCAUGUCCUCCAAGGUCGAGGAGGCCGGUCUCGACAAGGCCCCCAAGAGGGACCCCGAGCUCUACGUUCUGCUUGGUGUCAUGUCCGGUGCCCUCGGAAUCGCUGGCUGGUACUUCGGCACCAAGCCCACCUCCGUGAGCUCCGAGUCCAACGUCCGCAUCGGCGAUUCCGCCAUGCCUUGGCACGCCACUUCUGAGGAUGGCAAGAUGUACAAGUACCAGUAUCACCCUCACGGCGACAAGAACCAGCCCCUCCGCGCCGCCCCUAGCGCCAUGAACACUGUCAUUGUCCCCAAUGUCACUUUGCCCGAGGACCUCCACGAGAAGUUCAACAAGUACGGCAAGGAGGAGUGGGACUACUAA